UCGCUUUAAUAACAAACUUGUUCUCAUUGAAGCAACAUUAUUAUCAGUUUUUGUAAUUAUCUUUUGCAACUGAAAUAAAGUGAAUGUUUCCGUGCUAUCUUUUUGAUUUGUUUUGAUUUUGUUGUGUUGGUAGCACUGAUCGCGCCACUUUACGUCAUUCGCGAAUUCUGUCAUUGAUCUAUUUUUAUUUUAGUUUAACAAUAUUUAUUAGCAAGUCUCAGCGCAGUGCGAUAGUAAAGUGCUCGAUACUGAAACAUUAAACUGGACCAGAAAUAUCUAUACUAUCUAGACAUUUCGAUUUUACUAGUGCGCGUUUGGCUGUGAACGAAAAUAGUAGUGUACUGGUGUACGUGACUGGGAAAUACGUGAAAACUUAAAUAUUCUGAUCGAAAUUUCUUUAAUUUGUCGUGUAUUGUGUUGUUAAUAAGUAUGUCGUCCUUCGGGGGACAAUGGAAGAUAAUUCGCCACUAUUUGUCUAUGACAAAUUUAAAUGCAGAAGUUGAAAAACUAAUACAGAAAAUUAAACCCGCUACGCCCGAACAAUGGGAGAGUUUGAUAAAGAAAUUCGAAAAAGCAGUCUCAAUAAGAUUGACACAAAUUAAGGAAGGUACAAAAUCAAUUGACAACAGACCAGCUCAUGUUUUAAAUGCUUCGACAAUUGAAGGAACUACAAAAGAUGUACAGACGGAAAAACAAAGUACAAUAGAGAAAACAGAAGAAAAAUCACAGGCUGGACUUAGUGUAGGCUCGGAGGCAAAGGAGAUAACAUUCGAAAGUUUCCUACAAGGUUUAAAGUUGAAAAAGGAUUUGCAUUUCGGAAAAAUAUCUGAACAAAGUUGGAAAUCAAACAAACCUAUUAUUACAAAGACAUCAAUACAUUCACGGACAGCAUAUGUGAUAUCAGCAAUAGUUACUGCAGAGACACUGGAGUGUCUGCGGAAAAGAACGGAGCACUUCAUUGAUCAUCUAAUUCAAUAUCCUGAAGCCAGGGAUUACGCUAUUAAGGAAGGCGCUGUCCGUGCAUUAUUACGGGUACAAAAUAAAUUAAGGGAUGAUACCGACAUCACAAGAGAAGUUAAAGGGAUUGUUAACGAGGCUUUAGCCCUAAUGGGAUAUACAGGACCUACGAAAGGUCCAGGUCCUAACAUCUUGUCGAUUGAUGGUGGAGGCAUCAGAGGAAUAAUAGCUAUAGAGAUACUACGACACUUGGAGAAGUUGACCGGACAAAAAGUACAGGAUAUGUUUGAUUAUAUCAUUGGUGUUAGUACUGGUGCUAUUAUUGCUGCGGUUAUUGGUAGCGGCGUUGGUAAUUUAGAGACAGCGAAUCAGAUGUAUCAUACAUUGUCUAAGAAGAUGUUUGGGAAUACCUCACUUAUUGGGGGCACAUCUCGGCUCGUGUGGACGCACUCGUACUACGACACUGAGGCGUGGGAGAAGUUGCUGCAGGAGAAUCUGAGAGACUGCACGCUCACUGAGUGCAACAGAUAUAACACGCCUAAAAUGGCGUUGGUGUCGUGUGUUGUGAGUCCUGGCUCUCGUUUAGCUCCAUUUUUAUUCCGUACAUAUGAAUGUGGUUUCCGCGUGAGGUCAGUGUUCGCGGGCACGCCGCGCGCCGCGGUGUGGCACGCGGUGCGCGCCUCCGCCGCAGCGCCUACAUACUUCGAUGAAUUCAAACUAGAUGGCGCUCUACAUCAGGACGGUGGUAUUAUGGUGAACAAUCCUACUGGAGUAGGUCUACAUGAAGCUAAGCUAUUAUUUGGGGCUAAUUCAGUGAAAAAAGGCACAGUUAUUUCAGUAGGAACAGGCAGAGCUUUGAACAAACAUUCCGACUACCAACUAAUGAGUAAAGGAUUGAAUAAAGAAGCCUCAAGUACAAGCUGGAAAGAUAAAUUCAAUAAGAUUUUGGACUCUGCCACUGAUACAGAAGGUGUUCAUCUAAUCCUAAACGAUUUACUCCCCCCGGGCAGUUAUUUCCGUUUCAACCCACCAUUAAUGGAGGAAUGUGCGAUGGACGAAAUCAAUCCUGAAAAGCUAAAUAACUUGAUAACAGACACGCACGCGUACAUCAGAAGAAACCAACAUAAAUUUGAACAAGCUGCAUACAUGUUGACAAGGAAACGAAGUAUUUCACAAAAAUUAGUCGACUAUGUCUACCACAAAAGCCAAAUUAUGGGCAUAGUACAAAGUAACUGACGUACAGACAAUCAGCAAGAUCCUGAGACUUGCUGAUUUGUAAAAGUAAAGCUUAUUAAAACUAGAAUAAAGAUUAUUCCAGUAGUGCUCCAAAGAAAUGCAGAAAAUCCAUUUUUUUGCAAAGAAAUCCAUUAACUUUGCGAAGAAAUCCAUAAAAUCCAUUAAUUUUGCGAAGUAACCCCAAAAAUCUGCUAACUUUGUGAAGAAACCCUGAAAAUCCCUUAACUUGGCGAACACCAAAAAAUUAACUUCGCAAAGAAAUCCAUAAUAUCAGGUAACUUUGCGAAGGAAUCCAUAAAAUCCAUUAACUAUAUUGGUCCUUCGAGGCAGAAUAUUAUAAAUAAGAUUGAGUAAUUCUUAUUAUAUAAGAUGGAAAAUGGGUAAAUAUAUUUAGGUAUAUAUUUCUUUGA